AUGGGAGGGAUCGCGGAUUACUCCGGCGCGACGGUCGCGCAGUUGGGGCUCGGAGGGCGGCGAACGGAGUGUCGCGCGCGGUUUCGAGACGCGGCGAGCGGGACGAGCGGGACGUUUCGAGCGCGAACGGUGACGAUCGGGACGCGCGGCGCGGAGGAAGAGGACGCGCGAUGUUUUGAAGCGCGAUUCGAUGAGGUGUUCGACGCGGAGACGUUCGAUGCGGGGAAGACGAGGGAAUAUUUUGAGAGGACGCCGAGCGCGGCGAACGAGCGAUGGGCGGCGUACGUCGCCGGCGCGAUGGGGGAGUUUUUGCGAGCGAUAUCGAGCGAUGCGGACGCGUCGAAUAAACGCGCGCGAGCGUGGGUGAAGAAGCUCGCGCGAUGCGAUUGCGAGAUUGAGAUUCGCUCGGACGUGCCGCAAGGGAAAGGCGUGGCGAGUUCGGCGGCGGUGGAAAUCGCCGUGGCGAGAGCCGUGGCGGCGAGCGCGCUGCGCGCUGGCGUGGUUUCCGAAGACGACGCCGCUCGAAGGUUUAGCGCGCAUGUGGCGAUGAUUCCUCUGUAUUGUCAAACCGCGGAAAAUGACGUCGUCGGGGCGCCUUGCGGAUUCAUGGAUCAGUACGCGUGCUUUCACUCCGUCGAUUCGGCGUCGCGCGGAAAUUUCAUCGCCAUCGAUUGCGAUUUGGCCAACACGUCACACGACGGGGCUGAAGACAUAUAUCGACUGGUGCCAUUGCCGCGAAAGCUGCGGGUGUGGGGCAUCGAUUCUGGCGUGCGACACUCGAACUCGGGCGGUUCAGAUUACGCGCGCGUGCGAUGCGGCACGUUCAUGGGCAAAAAGAUCCUCAUCAACGAAAUGAACGCGCGAUUGAACAGAGACGUCGUGCCGAGUAAAGUGGAUCUGUGUGGUGUCAUCACAGCUCGGCAGUGGGACGAGGGCAGCGCUGGAAGUCCGAUGUCGUGGUCGCAGCACGUAGACGAGGAAAUGACGGGCAAAUCGUUCCUCGCGCGAUACAUCAGCCACGACGACGAGCCGAACACCACCAUCGACGCCGACUCAACGUAUACCUUGCGUGCAACCGUGAGUCACGCUGUACGCGAGCACGCACGCGUGCGCGAAUUUUUGAGUAUUUUAGAAGAUUGGCCGAGCGACGACGUUUGCGCCGACGACGACGUUCGACAACUUGGCCGACGACUCGGGGAUCUCAUGUUCGCCAGCCACAGCUCCUACAGCUCCGUCGGCUUAGGUUCAACCGCUACUGAUGAUUUAGUGCGACUCGUUCGCGAAGUCGACGUGGAAAGAAACGCGUUAUUCGGCGCCAAAAUCACCGGCGGCGGUUCCGGCGGCGUCGUGUGCGUCCUCGGCGAGGAUUCCCCAUCAGCCCGAGCCGCGAUCGACGCCGUACGCCGGGAAUACGCCAAAAAGCACUCACUCACGAAUUUACCGGAUUUAUUACACGCGAGUCACGUCACCGACGUGGAUUGA